AUGAAUCCAUCAUAUCCAGGAACUCGAGUGAUUGACAAGAAACACAAUCAAGGAAUUUAUUUAGCAUCAACCUUUCACUGUUAUAUUCAAUUGUUAGAUAUUGCUAAAGAAUUAGGCCCAUGUCCAAAAGGUGGUUCACAUGAACUAAAAUCUCAUUAUACAUUUUGGACUUUAUUUUUAGCCUUUUGUUUAGGUUUACCAAGGCUCUUUGGAUAUUCAGAAAGAAAAACUGUCUGCAUCAAAUGUAAUGAAACUUUUAAUAUCACCUUGCCUCAAGCCAAGUGGUGA